AUGUAUAAAAUGGAAUAUUCCUACCUCAAUUCCUCCGCCUACGAGUCGUGCAUGGCUGGGAUGGACACGUCCAGCCUGGCCUCGGCUUACGCGGACUUCAGCUCGUGCAGCCAAGCCAGCGGCUUCCAGUAUAACCCCAUCAGGACCACUUUCGGGGCCAGCUCCGGGUGCCCGUCGCUCACGCCCGGAUCCUGCAGCCUGGGCACCCUUAGGGACCACCAGAGUUCUCCCCUUCCAGUCCCCUACAAGCUCUUCACCGACCACGGCGGCCUGAACGAGAAGCGGAAACAGCGGCGCAUCCGGACCACCUUCACCAGCGCGCAGCUCAAGGAGCUGGAGCGGGUCUUCGCCGAGACGCACUACCCGGACAUCUACACCCGCGAGGAGCUGGCCUUGAAGAUCGACCUCACCGAAGCCCGAGUGCAGUGCGGAGCUACCCCUGGUGUCCACAUGGACACAGCUGGGUUGCUGUCUUGA